UGGCUGAUAGUGUUCAACCCGCACCCUUGCGCGCACCCGUACAAUACCAGCGGUAAUAAUUCCGUUUCCCCGGCAACACUAUCCUCCCUUCCAGGAGUGAAGCCGCGUACAAGAAAGCGCCCAAGAGAGAGAGAGAGAGAUCGAGAGAUCGAGAGAGUGAGCAAGUGAGAGGAGGGUAAAAAGGUACCGACAGAAGGGCCAGAGUGUGAGUGAGAGAGGGCAGAAAGCUACACGUGAGGCCUGCCUUUCCGAGUGCGUGUGUGUGCGUGACGGGUGAGCGAGCGUAGCGAGUCCCGACUGGCUUCGACCGGCGGACACUUCGGACAGCGCAGCCGGCAACACAGGUUUCAAUCGCAAGCGGACCGCCAGUUUGAUCAGUUUGCUUCGAACUACCGCCGCAGCCGGACACGGAUCGCGGUCGCUCUCCGCUCGCUGGAGUGAAACAUAAUCGCCCCAACAUUUCUUUUCCCACAUUUUUUGGCGCGCGCGCGCUCGCCUACCGUUUUCGCAAUCGGCAGCCGGUACGAUAAACCCGGCAAAACGGUUCAGCACAAACCUGCAGCGCGGCGCAGGUUUGCGAUAGAAAAGCAUAUAGGAGAGCGCCCUAUUUCUUCAGCCCAGUGAUAUAUUAGAGUGCCCUUCGGCAGCACGGCAACAGUUGUCGGAUCCGGGGAUUGUGCGUACACACAUCCAACGCUUCGCAAUCGCGCGUGUGUAACUAUUGUGACUAUCUGUGAGGAAAUAGCUCGUCCAAACGUCGAGGACAGCAUUCCUUUGCCAACAGCGAACUAAGAACGAACACAAGCCAGCUCAUCAAACGUGUCAACCGUGGCCUGGCCCCAACAACUCCCAACAAACAGUGCCGCAAUUAGAACGGUUCUCUAGUUGCAAGUGAAGUGUGUCUGUGGAUUUGAGCAAAAAAAAAAUACAAGAAGGGUGGAACAUCCCACCCAACCACCCCCCCCCCCCCCCGCCCCGCCAAAACUCAGUGCGGAAAAACCGCCCACCGCACCCGGUGUGUGUGUGUGUGAACUUUGCUCUGCUUUGCUGAUUUACUAAAACAUAUUGUUGUGAUCGAGUGGGCAGCAGAGCUUUCGAACAGAAAAACAAAAUUUCCCGGAACGCCAACACCAUCCUACCUCCUCCCCAAACACCCCCCACCCCCCCAAAGUUGGGGUGUAUUGGAACAAGUGUGUGUGUGUGAGUGUGAGUGUGUGUGUUUGUGCGCGCGUAUGAAUCAACCGAAUGGCGCAGCAGCAGCCGGCAUCAACAGCUACCCACCCCACCCCCCCCCAAAAGUGAAUAAAAUCCCGUGACCGUGUAUUAUCUCACCGCUCGGGAGUUGUACCCCGUUUGUUUGCCGUUUCGGCCUUGCCUCUCCCCCAUGUCGUAUGGGAAGAUGUCGCACACUAUAGCACGGACAGCCAGAGCCAAGGAAAGUGAAACCGCCGCCGCCAGAACCCUGUAAGUGUGUGCGCCGCCCUUUUUGCGACAAGCAGCAGCGGUAGGGGACAGCUGCCACCGCCUGCGCGAGAAGAAGCUCGGCUUUGCACCAACAAAUACCACCCACCCACCCAUCCACCCCCCUCCGCAGUGUUUCGCGUGGGUGGACACACGCGUAAGCAGUGAGCCAGCUAGGCUGUGUAGGUGUGCCGCGGGUGUGUGUGUGUUUGUGCGCGCGCGUGUGUGUGUGUGCAAUUGUGCGAUUGUGGUGCUUAUCGCCCUGGAAUACUGUUUGUGCGUGUGAGUGUUUAACCAAGUGCACACGCGCUGCUCCUACACCUUUUUGCGCCCCAGCUAAUGCGCCUCAGUGCGUGCGUUGUGAGUGUGUGCGUGCGUGUGUUGGUGUGCUCCAGUUGUGCCGGACCCGUUCGCGCGAUCGCCCCCACUGCGCUCUACUAUCAAACUCGAAACCCGCCCAACAAUCAAACAUUCGGGGUGUUUGCACAGCAGAAGGCAAAUCCUGCGCAAAUCUCUGCCUAAUCAAACGAAAUUAGUCGUCGCUCGGUUGCGAGUGUGCGUUAAAUUUGAGUGAACAAAAAAAAAAAAGAAAAGAAAGGAAGAAAGUGUCCCCACAACCACCACGCACGACAGCUGUGUAUCUGAUACAUCUUACACACGGCCAAAUUAGGCGUUCAAAACUGCCCUUUUUUUUGUGUGAUGCCCGAGAGAUAAGCGAGCACAAUAUCGUCCAUCGAAUCGACAUACAUACACACAACAACAAAAACACACCCUGUGUGUGCUGCUCUAUCAUCUUACCUGUCGUCGAUCACCGCGCCGCUACUAUCAACCGCAUUGUUAUUGUGUGCCUGUGUGUGUGUGUGGGUGUGCGUAAAGCUGGAAUAGUAAAAUCCACUCAGCACCUAACGCACGAGCGACAAAGAGAGAGAGAGAGAGAGAGAGUGUGUGAGAGAGAAAGAAAAGGAGAUCAAACGCAGCUCAAGUAACUGUAAAUCGAUUAAAUUCCUGUACGCGAGCGCGCUCCCCCUGUGUGCGUGUGUGUGUGUCUGUGCGUCCUUCGUUAGUAAGGGCGUCCUUUCGCUCCGGUGCGAGACUUUUUUUUUCUUCACUCGCGCGUGUGUGUGCACCUGGAUAAGAGGCUUAACGGAAGCGACGUUAGUGCGCGCGUACUUGUAGCUGUUUGUGAAUUCAAAUCAAAAAGACCGCAUCGCGCCAUGGGUUCGGCCCAGCACCACUGGGAUCUGAUCAAGAUGGAGCCGAUGGAUGACGCCGACACGAACGAGCUCGGUAUGCUCGAUCCGACCAAAAUCGGGCUGGACCAGCUGAUCGACUUCGGCAUGGCGGCCGGCAGCAGCGGCGUGACAGGUGGGGCGGCCGGCGGCCUCCUGCUCAGCGGCGAUGGCUCGAUCGCGCUGACCUUCGGCAGCACCGCUAGUAGCAGCAGCAGCAGCAGCAACACCGCCACCAGCAGCAGCAGCAGCAGCCUCAGCACCAGCAGCAGUCCCCUCUCCCCGAGCAUCUCCUUCUUCGAAACGCAUCUCGGGCUGCCCGACCAGAAGACCCAGAUCCGGCACGAUUGCAUGUGGGCCGGCAUGUGCGCCGACCAGUCACAUCCGGAGAAGAGCAGCCACGCGGGCUGCGGUGGCUGUGCCCGCCAGAACCGGCACCAGCAGCAGCAGCAGCAGCAGCAGCAGGUGGCAGUGUCGGUGGCCGCCAGUCUCUCGCGCGUACCUUCCAAGGACAUUCCCAAGUCCCAAGGCGAGUCGCCGGCAGCCGUGGAAGCGGCCAGCGAGAAGCUGAAGGUGCCGGGCGGCGUGGGCGGCAGCAGUGUGCUCGCCAAUCGGCCGCUGGCCGUUGGGUUUAAGGCGACCGCGCCGGCGGCAACCAGUCUGCUAACGCCGUUCAAGGCGACCCAAAGCUCGGCCCAAAUCCCGGCCGGUAGCUCCCUCCUCAUCAAGCGUCAGCAGCAGCAGCAGCAGCAGCAGCAACAGCAACAGCACCAGCAGCUUCCCUCCCUCGUGCACGGUCUCAACUAUCGCCCGUUCCCGCCGUCACCGUCGUCGUCGGACAGCUCGGCCGGUGCGGUCGAGGGUGGCGCCAGCGACGAGCAGCAGCAGAGCGUGCGGAUGGUGCGGGUGCCGCAUCAGCCGCGCGGCUCCUUUCUGGCGGCGCGCGAGCUGGAGGCGCGAAGCGUGGCGGCACAAAACCACGCCCGGCCGGACACGCCGCUCAGCCUGGACGACGAUCCGCUCGAGUUCAAGCAUAACCUCGACCUGGUCGCCACCUGCACGAUCGGCUCGAACCAGCAGAGCCUGCUGCACACCUCCACCGCCCCGGGACUGUCGUCCGCCAGUGCGGGUAGCUUCGCCAGUAGCAGUAGUAGCAGCAGCAGCAGCAGCAGCAGCAGCAGCAGCAGCAGCAGUAGCAGUAACGGCAGCCCUACCUCCAGCACCUCGGUCGAAUCUCGCACCGGGAGCGGCACGUCGUCCAGCGGUCGGUUGAGCAGUCACUGUAGUUGCGGCGGCAGCGGCAGCAGCAGUAUAGGCGUGAUCGGCAACCACACGACCCAGUGCUACUACAACUACCUGCAGGACACGUCCAGCCUGGACGAGCUGCGCAGCAAGCAGCUGCGGGAGCAGCUGUACAUGCUGGACGACCCGUUCGGUAUGGGCGGCCCGCUCAGCAGCUAUCCGUACCACCACCACCACCACCACCAUCAUCAUCACCACGCGUCCCUGCUGCAUCUGCGGCCCGACUCGCCGGACAGCCAGCUCGAGCAGCUGCUGAUCGAUCUGCGCGAGAUCGAGGGCGAAAGCAACUCGAUGCUGCUGCUGCAGCACGGCUCACCGGCCGACACUGCUGCAAAGGAUGGUCUGCAGUCAGCGGGCCAGCGUCACCAGCAGCACCAGCAGCACCAGCAGCACCAGCAGCAGCAGCAGCAUGUAGGGGCGCGCUCGUCGGCACCGUGCGGCGGCGAGCUGAGCGGCGGUGCGCAUGCCACCUGCAGCAAGGAGUGCAGCUGGAGCAGCCUGGAGCUGUCCCACCAUCUCGUCUCGCCCGGCGGCAGCGGGAUGGAGCGCAAGCGGCGGCACCCGUACGCCCACCGGCGGCGGAUCGGCGGUACGGCGCGCGGCUGGAUCAGCGAAAAUGACGAGGACGACGAGGAGGAGGACGCGCUGAAGCAGCUCGAGGCGGAGGAGGCCUUGUACGAGAAGCAGCAGAGCGGGGCGGCCCGCUCCGCCUUCCCCUGGGAAGACGAGGAGGAGGAGGACGAAGAGGAGGAGGACGAGGAGGAGGAGGAAGAGGACGAAGACGAGAGCGACGAGGAUGGCGAGAAGGGGCAGGAGGAGGGCGCCCAGGAAGAUGAGGAAGAGGAAGAGGAAGAAGAGGAAGAGGAGGAGGAUGAGGAGGAAGAGGAGGACGCCAGCAAUGCCAGCCUGUACGGUGGUGCGGGCCGGAGUCGGAUGCGGGGCGCUCGCCACCGGUACCACAGCAACCACAGCCGGCUCCACCAGCACCGGCGAGCGGCGGCCCGUGCCACCUCCUACCGCCCGUACGACGUGGAGGCGCACAAGAACGGCAAGAAGCAGAAGAAGCAGCCGGGUGCCGCCGCCGCCGCCACCACCACCAACCAUCAUCUGCUUGCGAGCGGCGGUGGCGUCAGCACGGUCGUGAUCGCUGGCAGUGGCGCGGCCACCCUCAAGGCUGCCACGAAAUCGGCCAGUGCGAGCGGCGCCCUGAAUGGAGCGCCCUCUGGCGGCUCCCAGCAGCAGCAGCAGCAGCAGCCGGGCAGCAACAACAGCUCGCCACCGUACCAGGCGACCCACUUCGGCGACCACAGCUACACCCGCCCGAAGGGUGGCUACAACAUGAACGAGCUCGGCGUACAGACGCCGUCCGAUUCCGAUGAAGAAAUCGACGUGGUUUCGAUCGGCGACAAGAACCUGCCGACCAACCCGACCGAGCGCGACUACCGCCAGCUGCAGUCGGAGGUGGCGAGCAAGAUACGCACCGCCUCGUCCCGCGGCGCCCCGAACGGUGCGCAUACGUACGGGGCCGGUUCGCAUCACCACCACCACCACCACCAUUCCUACCAGCGCCACCAGCACCAUCUGGGCGACGGGCCCAGAUCGGGCCUGCACCAUCUCGGCGGCAUCUAUCCGACGCCGGCCGGCUCCACCACGAUAUCCGGUGCCAACACGCCGCUGCCGACCGGUAGCGGGGGCGCUAGUGCGGCCUCCUCGCCGCCGCCCGCCUGCACCACCGGCAGCAGCUCGUCCGGCGCAUCGCGGAAGCGGCAGUCGGUCGGUGGCAGUUCCGGCAAACGUUCGUCCAACGCCAGCAAACGGAUGCGCAUGUCGCACUCGAAGCGCAGCGGCGGCGGUGACGGCAGCAGCAGCAGCAGCAGCGGCAGCCGGUACGAUUCGACCGCCGCCCAGGCCCUGGCCGAGGAGCUGGACACGGUCGAGAAGCGCAACCUGCACAACAACCUGGAACGGCAGCGCCGCAUCGGGCUGAAGAAUCUGUUCGAGGAGCUGAAGCGCCAGAUACCGCAGCUGCGCGACAAGGAGCGCGCGCCCAAGGUAAACAUUUUGCGUGAGGCGGCUGCCCUCUGCACCCGGCUGAACCAGGAGGCCGAGCAGGUGAAUGAGCUGCGCCAGCGGCAGAUGAAGCUGUACGAGCGCGUGCGCUACCUGCGCGCCUCCAUCCACAGCCAGCGGCUCGGUGUGGACUAGUGAGGAGCAAAGACACAGUAAGAGAGAGAGAGAGAGAGGGAGGGAGGAAGAAGAUAAAAGAGAGAGAGAGGAGGUGUGAGAGAAGCAGUAAGACAGAGAGGAGAGAGAGAGAGAGGGUGUGUCGACGACUCCAACAACGCUCACAAUGCCGGGUAUGUUAGUGGCACACAUGACCUUGGGUUUAUUUUCUUUUAUUUUUUUUAUUUUUGCCUUUUGCUCGUUAUACAUCUACAUGGAGAGAAACCACAGGCGGAGAGAGAGAGAGAGAGAGAGAGCGACAAUUAGCAUAAACCAGUAGGGUAGGAAGAACAGAGGAGGACUUUCGGUUCGGGCGGGAUAGAGUAGGAAGAUAGGUGUAAGGUACAGAUGAUGAAAAAACUAAUAGUUCCUGAUUUUUUUUUUGUUUUUUGGGGUUUGUUUGUAAACAAGGUCUAGAAGCCUAACGUGUUAAAACAUAUUAGCUUUUUAGGUUUUUUUUUACGUAUAUAGAAAAUAUCCUAUCGGAUGCACACAUCCGCCAUUACAAUUAGCGUAGGUUACGGCAACAGUUACUGCUUAGUGAAUGAUGUUUGCGUUUAUUUUUGGACCAGUUUUGAUUGAUAAUCGUGCCGGUGUUGGCAUUGUGCGGGGCGAUCCCAGUGGCAGCUGUGCAAGGCCGGAUGCCUUUUUCCUUUCCUUGCAAAUGCCAGCCCCUUGGACGCCAGCGCGUGGGGUCAUUCGGGCAGACGAGGCCAGCAGCAUGAUCGAAAGAAGUUUGCAAACGCUUUCCCUGCUCGCUAGCCGUUUUCUACUAAGUAGUACCUCCUAUAAUCAUUACUGCAAACUGCUACACUAAUAGGUUUAUCGUAGCCCCGCGAGCUCUUUGAGAGCGCCUGAAGGAGGGGGAAUGUGAACAUUUCACACACACACACACAAAAAAAAAACGAAGAAUUGAGGAGAUUGGUAGGAGGAUGAUGGGAGAUGAUGUAUACAUCUGUGUUAUGGUAUGGUGGAUCUUGUGGACCCAUUUUCAAACCCCCCCCACCGCCCCCACCACCCCGGUAGCCGGGGAGCGGCUGGGGCGAAAGGGGCCCGGAUCGGUUUGGUUCUUCCUGCAAGUGGAUGGAUUUUGUGCUUCUUAACAUAAGUUUUCCUUCUUUUUUUUGUUUUUGCUUCCUCUUCUCUUUGCAUCAUUUGAUUGCUGCUGGGCGGUAUUAUUAUGUAAGAGCGCUGCAUACACUAAACUUCGUGAGUCUACGACAUAACGUUAUGUUUUUUUUUUGUUUUUUUUUUUUUUUUUUUUUUUUUGUUGAGCAGCAGCGGGGAGAGAGCGUAAGACGACGGACAAAGUUCAUGUGCCGUUUUUCUCUCUCUCUCUGUCUGUCUCUGGCUCUCUUUGACUUUAUUUCAUCCUAUUGCCUAUUGAUUUACGAUGCACCCACACCCCCGCCGCGGGAAAAUGGGGGAAGAGAAAGAGAGAUGGGGGGGGGGGGGGAGUAGUUUUUUUUCCCCAGUCUCCCCGCAUGUGUAAAUGGCGCUGCAAUUUGAGAGAACAAACAAACAGCAUUUAUUUGGAUGUUUUCGGUAAUGAUUGUACAUAAUUACACAUACACGCAAGCAAGUGUGCUGCAUUUUAGGUAUUAAAAAAAAGAAGCAAAAAACAAAAACAGGCAAACAAUGAGAAAAUGAGAUAAUGGAGCUGGGUGCGAACGAUGCACGAUCUUUGCAAUGAUUGUAUAUAGCCUUCUUACGGGAGGCGCGCUAUUUCAUAGGUAUUUGUCAUUUAAGGAUUGCAGCGCGCAAAAGCACAUGCGCGCGAUUUUGCUACUUUGCGCUGCACGCAAACGGUCGUGUACCUCUUCGGUAUUUUUAAUUGGGGCGCCAGUGCAUUUGCGGGCGUUAUCAGCAAACCACACAAAAAACUACUUACGAGAAGUUCUGCACUAGGCAUUACUUACCAAAAAAAAAAAAAAAAAAAAACAAUGCAUUUGCUCUCCGGACGUGUAAACACGACAACCUUAACUACUUACGGUCCCUUAACUUUGCAUACGACGUGCGCGUACACGCAGCUGUACAAAUAUUACAAACACGCUCUACCUACCCCUUUAGCAAAGCAUGCAUUAACUGUGCUAUCUUACGUAUAUAUAUAUAUACAAAUAUUCAUAUAUGUGCAUACACACAAAACAAAACAUGUACGAAGGAAGAAAGUCCUUUAACUUUCAUAUUGAUUCAAAGUGUCGUAAAGGUGGUGUUAAGGCGGCGCACGGGGUGAUCGAAUAUUUGACACGAGCAGAGCAGAGGAGGAGAGUCCCCGCUAAACAAUGGCGGGGAGCUUGUAGGAAACCGGGAUCCGUUUAUUAGAGACGCAAGAACGAGACGAGUGUGUGUGUGUGUACAGAAAGGAAAGGAGACGUUUCGGUUAAGCUUUUUUUUUUGACGAAUGAUAUGUUGCAAUCUUGUUUUUUUUUUAUUAUUAUUAUACUUUCAUAAUUUUUAUGUAUUUUACAUAAUUUUUUUUUUCACAACAAUUUUGUUGCUUAGAAUAUGAUUUACAACCUAGGUAGGGGGGGGAUGCUAGGAAACAUUUUCUAUUACAUUUUUUGGUCUUUAUUACACUUGUACAUAUUGGUUAGUGUUUUCUUUUUCUUCUUCUGCUGCUGUGUAUAGUUGGGAAAGAAAAGGGGACCGAAGAAGCGGGCAGAAGAGAUAGGCAGAGCGGUGAGAUGGAGGGAUCUGCUGGAGGGAGGGCUAUGCCGAUGCUAGGAGGUUCUGAACCAGCGAACCCACCUACAAGCGUGUCCCUCCUGGUAGCGUCCUCUCUGUAACGUUGUGUUCAUUACUUGUUACGAUUUGUGGGCGGGAGGGGGGGGGGUGGGGGGGGGCAAGGGAAGGGAAUAAAUGGUAGUGCGUGAGAAGAAUCUGCAUGUGCAUGUGUGAAAUGACAAAAUGCGAUUAAACAAAACAUGCUGAUUAUUAUUAUUAGUUUCUUUUUUUUUUUGGUAUAUUUUUACGCGGAAAAGAAAGGUUUAUUUCGAGUUUAGUUUAGGUUAGGCAGAAACAACAAAAAAAAAAACAUUUAAACGACGUAUCGGAUAGAGAUGAGAUAUGGAAAAGAGGAGAGGGAAGGGAGAGAAGGGGGGGGGGGGGGGGGAGGGAAGAGAAGAGUCCGCUAUUGCGGUGCCACGUUCCUUGGUGUGCGCGUGUUUUUUUGUUUGUUUGUUUGUGUGUGUGUAUCUGUGCUGUCCCUGCGAGGAUAAAUCAUGUGUAAGAAUGUUCCUGUUGUAUGUUAGUGUAAACCUUUUUUUUUACAUACUUUACAAUUAACAGUUGUUUUUUUUUUAAAUGUAAAAAUACAUUCAAAAAUAAUUAGUUAGGUUUUUUUAUUGAAUGAGUUGAUUUUACUGUGGGUGAGAGAGGAGAAAAGGAGCAGAAGGAGGAUAUCAAGGUGAAAGACCGGGAAAAUGUGUUGGGGAAAGGGGGGGGGGAGGGGGUGGGGGAGUGGGGAGUAGAAGUAGGAGCCAGGAGGAAAUGGGACGUAGGUAGAGGUAGCUGUCGCCAUAUAGGCAAGGUUGAUCUUUCCGCUUCUGUUUCUACUCGUCAAUUUUGCGCUCGCCAACCCCUUGUGUGUGUGUGUGUGUGUGUGUGCGCGCGCGAUAGUGUGUGUGUGAGUGGAUGGUGGUAUAUGGUGUGCGGGAAAGAAACCCCGGUGUACAAGAAAGCGUUGACGGUUGGUGCUUGAAGGGGAUGCGGAUCAUAUGCUGCGAAAUUAGGUGUUGCUCCCGCAAGAGCGCUUUAAAAGACAUUAAAAGAUACUCUGCCCUCCUCCCAGUUCAAUAUCGUAGGCAAAACAAAAAAAAAAAAAACAAACACACAGCCACACACACACACAUGCACACACUACUUCAAUGCAGAUGAGUUUUGUGCGCUACUGUUAGAUGUGUUUUCAAAAGUGUACUUCUCUUAUUUUUUUAAGGAGGUUUUUUUUUAAAUAUACUAUCAUUACUAUUGUUAGACUUAAAUGCAAAUGACUUAGAGUUGUAAGUAAUAUAUACACAUUUAAAAAAAAACAGAAACUGAAGGCAGCGAUAGGAGUUUUUCUUUUUUUUUUUAAUUAAACUAAGCGUAAUUAAGCGUAGCUUUCUUUUCCUUAGAUUUCAACCGAGGCAGACAUUUCGAUAUUGAUCAGUGCGUGUUUUUUUUUCCUCUCUGUUUUGUUCUGUUCGUGUAGGUUACCUAAAAUUACUAUCACAGCACCACUACUAAUAGUACUGGCAACAGGAAAUGUUUUUUUUUUUACAAAAUUGUUAACCUUUAUUUUUUAUGAUUUUUUUUUUUGGUUUUGUAUAAAUAUUAUCUCAAAAACAUAAGCAAAUCUGGUGUUUUCUUCUCUGCAAUCUCGUUCGCUUUUUUUUUGUUUUGUUUUGUUUUGGUUUUGUUUUGUCGCUCGGGAAGUGAGGUAUCGUUUCCUCGCAAAUAUUCGUCGACGUGUUGAGUUGCGGGUGUGUAUGUGGGCGUGUGCGGUGCGUUUGAAAAGAAAAUGGAGAAAAAGGACGAAAGAAACUGGGACUCCCGUUUUGUGUUCUGCCACCUACGGUUUUGGUUUAGAAAUAACCACCAUUGUUGAUGAUUUGAAACGUAUGAAGUCUUCUGUGAAGUUGGGAUGACGUUCUGUGCCAUUCACUACGGGAGUUUUUUUUUUUUUUUGGACUUCUGCGCAAAUGUAUUUUCCUCAAUGUGCUUCAACCAGACACAUGCGUGUUUAAUUGUUCAACCGAAUAAAAUGUUCUCCAUCGGGAAUGAUAUUAGCAGGGGCCUGAAAGUCCUUUAGUUUUGUUUGUUUGCUAUCUUAAACCUCGCAGCGAGCUAGGGGGGCAAACCACCAACACACAGGCGCGUACACACACACACACACACACACACACGCGUAAAAUUAGUGGAUGAAUUAGGUUUUGCUAGUGCGGGCUCACUUAGAAAGCGAUCUUCCCCAAGAAAGAGCGAAAUUAGGGGAAAAAAGACGGAUAGAGAACAGAAAUACUCCUGGUGAAAGCGGAAAGGAAAGAAAAGAAACGAUCGUGUACCUAGUGGAAAAGGGUCCGGACGGGUUGGGGCUGGGGCACAGGUGUGUGUGUGUGUGGGUGCGUCGCCAUCGUGCACUUGGCCGUACAACCCAUGCCAAACAGUCAUCUUUUUGUGUCUGCAUGCGGACAAAACAAACCGAUCGAAAAGAAAAGAAACAAAACCCCAGUGCUUUACCUACUUAUAUAUAACAUAUAUAUAUUAUAUACAUAUUAUUACUUGUAAACACUAUAUAACCCCUACCGGCGAACACUUCUACAGUGAAGUAAAAUUCCCCUUUUGCAUGUUUAUGAAUUGCAUCGCGUACAUUCUAAAAGAAGAAUUAAAAAAAAAAAAACAAACCCACAUACACACAGUUUAUCUUUGCAUCUAGAUAAUAAAGCCUAAUCAUAAUAAUAUAUCUGUAUACAUAUGCUGAAGUAUAUAUAUAUAUACAUGCAAGAAAUAUAUCUAUUUAUGCAUACAUAGGAAUGCCGAAUUAGGAAGUUCGUAUCAAUUUGCGAUGCGUCUUUCCGCGUUGAUAAAGGAUUGCAACAGCAACAACAACAAAACAAACUCGAGUGCAUUUUUUUUCGUAUUUCUUUUAAUAAUUACUUGGUUUUGGAUAAACGCUUGGAUUACACCAAAAACAACGAACGAGCAGCAAAAACGUUCGCUCAACAUGCUAAUAUUUUGUAAGCGAUUUUCUUUACACAUUUACUGAUUAUCGUAAUGAAACGCAAGCACUGCUUUUCCGCCGUACAAAAUGAAAACUGCUCGCCUCGCCACUCACUCCGUUUUACAACAACCAAAUCAGCUCCAGUUUCAGGCUUUGUUGUUUUGUAUUGUGUUUUUGUUUCUUCUCCUGUUUGUUUGUUUGUUUAUCUAAAUUUAUAGUCCCACGACGGGAUCGGAAGUUCCGUGCUCUCCGUGCUUGCGGAGAAUUCUUUCCUUGACACUUGAAAGCAAUAUAUAUGUGUGUGUUUUUUUGUUUGUUUCUUUGUUUGUGUACGACUAGGGAAAGGAUGAGUCCUAUAUUUUACCUAUACUGAUUUUUGUUUUGUUUUAACUGAUUAAUCGAAGUAACAACAACCCAAAAGGGAAAUAGAAUAACUUCAAAUGAGAUUCAAAGAAACAAAUAGAAAGAGAGAGAGAGAGAAAGAGAAGCAGUAGCAAACAAAGUGUGAAGCAAAGCAGAACAUUACAAGUACAAUAAGAAUCACACUAAGAAUCACUAAAAAACACACACACGACACAACCACCUGGGGAGGUUCAAUGUUCUCUCCUUGUUUAGGCACACGGUUUAGAUUUCGGGUGUGUUCCGUUUUUGGGGGCACGCAAUCUAUUUUCUUUCUUUUUUUUUUCAAUAUAUUCCUGAUACGCUUUCAGAAAAAGCUCGCAAAGUUCCAAACCAUGAAAUUGGAAGUGGAUGGCAUGGGUGGGAAGGGGGUUUGCGAUGAUGGGUGGAAGAAGAUAACUGUGACUUGAGAUUAGUACGUAAAACCGUGGUAUGUGUGGCUGGAGCAUUCACUAUCAUUACUAUUAUACUACCUUCCCCUAGACUUCCCCCCCCCCACCCCCUCUCCUGCCUUUGUUAGCCACACUGAUCUGUUCGCACUCUGUGGGUGUCAUAAAACGCCAAGUCAUCAUCUCGCUACCUGAUCUCCCGACGAGAUCAGCGAAACUGUUUUCUGUUUUAUUUUUGCCGUUUUUGUGUAAAGCUAGGAAUUUCUUAAAUGCUAAUUAAAUUAGCGCAUAAGCCAGGCAAUUGAUGCAGUUUAUAAAAAAAAAGUAAACUAAACACCCAAAUGCAAUAGUGUAUAGAGAACGGGCGCAGCCAAGAUAGUAAGGAUUAAAACAAACAUUAAAUAUAUAUAUGGACAAGAGAGAUAGGAAGAGAAAGAGAGAAAGAGAGAGAGAGAGUGUGAGAGAUAGAGAGAGAGAGAGAGAGAGAAAGAGAGAGAGAGAGAGAGAGAGAGAGAGAGAGAGAGAGAGAGAGAGAGAGAGAGAGAGAGAGAGAGAAAGAGCGCCAGAAGACGGAAUAAGGUGGUAGGAAUGGAUGAAUCGGACAAAAAAAGGUAAGGGCUUGCUAUUUGUUUGCAGUUAGAAAGGCAUUGAUUGAUUGGUUGAUUGAUUGAAUGGUAGUUAGUUGAAACAAUGUUGAAAACGAAAAGCUAAAAACAAAACUGAACUAAUGUCGCGCGAAUGUUAUAACGAAAAUCCAAUAAAAUAAAACAAAACAAAAACACA